AUGGAGGACUACCCUUCUCAUGCCCAUGACAACCUCCACGCCAAUACCGAGAAGGCCCUCAUUGCCGUUGGCUCCGUUGGCGCUACAAUCAUCGUGUUCUUCGUUGCUUGGCUCAGCUGGAAAUGCUUCAAGAUGCGACGGGGCAAAGAAUACUCUGGCAAUUGGAUGCCGGCAUCCUUCUCGUUUGAGAGACCCAAACAGAUUGUCAUCAGUUUGGCGUCUCGAGUUCCCGUCCUGAAGGACAAGCUGGCCAAGCGGACCUGGUCCAACCUGGAGAAGCCGUACGACGACGCCUACUGGGAGAAGCAAUUGCCUUACACAGGGGCCGCAAGCGAGAAGCCAAACGGCAUCACAGUUCACACGGCAAUUGUAAGGGAGAGCGUGGUUGGCGACAACCAGGGCUUUGCCGGUCUCACCCGUCACGGUCCGAGCCAGUCCAUAUCGUCGACCCAGCCGCAAUUCAACAACACGCUGCGAUCAAACUACCAAGUCCGCAAUGGCCGCAUGAGCGAGAUUUCGUCGCUCUCGUCCGGGUUUGGUGACGGAGACAUAAUCAUGCCUCCGCCCAACGCCAAGACGACCAUCACAGCGGCCCGCCUGACCGUGCCGGCACCCGCGGCGACGCGCUCCAGCGUCAGCGAGAUUUCGCAACGGCGCGAGACCAUGUACACGGAGGCGUCCGAGGAUCCGAUCCCGCGGUUUCGCAGCAUCAACUCGUGGGUGAGGCAGCAGACUGGACGGGUGAAGCGCGCCAAACAGCGCGAAGUUGCGGCCAGCGAUGCGCCCCCGGUGCCGAACAUGCCUCCGGAGCAGGAGUUCAGGCUCAUGAUGCCGGACGGCGAAGAGCCGCGGAGGGCGCAAGUAGAAGGGUCGCAGCGCGAUGAACGGGGAGGGGUGAGCGAAUCGUAG